ACAUUCUCCUCAUUCAUCCCAACCAAAAAACAAAAAAAAAAAACAUGAGAAUGGGACUUUUCAAGAAUAGCCCAAACUUUUUCUCUCAAUUCUUCUUGAUCCUUUCCAUGGUGGUUAUCAUCACUAAGGUGUCAGCAAGAGGUCCAAUAUAUACCCCUCCUAGUGUUGAUAGACUAACAGAUCGUUUCACCCAAACUGGGGUUAGUGAAGGUUACAAUGUGCUCUAUGGGGGUCACAAUAUUCAACUAAAAAACAAUGGGUCCAGUGCUGAUCUUGUCUUGGACAAAUCUUCAGGAUGUGGGUUGGUUUCAAAAGACAGAUAUUACUAUGGCUUCUUCAAUGCUGCUAUCAAGCUCCCUGCUGGUUUUACCUCUGGAGUUGUGGUGGCCUUUUAUAUGUCUAAUCAAGAUGUUUACCCACACAACCAUGAUGAAAUUGAUAUUGAAUUGCUUGGGUAUGAUAAGAGGAGAGAUUGGGUGUUGCAGACCAAUCUUUAUUGCAAUGGAAGUGUGAAAACAGGGAGGGAAGAAAAGUUCUAUCUUUGGUUCGACCCAACUCAAGCUUCCCAUGACUAUUCCAUACUUUGGAACUCUCAUCACAUCUUGUUCUUAGUGGACAACAUACCAGUAAGAGAAGUGGUGAACAAUGCUGCAAUUUCAACAGUGUACCCAUCAAAGCCAAUGUCAGUAUAUGUGACAAUAUGGGAUGGGUCAGAAUGGGCUACACAUGGUGGGAAGUACCCAGUGAAUUACAACUAUGCCCCCUUUGUGGCAUCCAUGGGAAGGGUAGAAUUGGAAGGGUGCACCAACAGCAGCUCAGAUUGUACAAGAAGAAGCCCUUCAACUUCAAGUUUGGAGGGAGAAGGGUUUGUGAAGCUAACUCAGCAGCAGAUUUCAGGGUUGCAGUGGGCACGUGGGAAGCACAUGUUCUAUUCUUAUUGCAAAGAUAAAGCUAGAUAUAAAGUCUUGCCACUAGAGUGCACAGCUAAAUAAUAUACAUAUGUUCCACUUCUGUUUUUUAAUUAUUAUUUAUUUUUAUUGGAGCUAGGAUGAAUCAUUUUGCUAGGGAAAA